GAAGAGGCGCCAUGCUUUGACUGAUGUCUUUAAAGAGACCCGCAACGGGUCUCGCCUUCUGCUUGUUCUUCUUGGCUUCUUAUAUCACCAACAAGUAUGUCUUGUCUGUCCUGAAAUUCACCUACCCUACCCUUUUCCAAGGGGAGUGGACAAGCAAGAGAUGGAAAUUAAUGAGCAGCUGAUUCCCAGGACAAUGGGGAUGUGUUCGUGGUUGCUCUUCCUCCUCUGCGGUCAUAACAGUAGCACCUGGAAGCUGGAGGGGAACCUCUCAGCAGUGUGACAGAGGUGGACCUGUCUUCCUUCCCACUCCUUUUGGAUUUUUGAUGGCAGACACUAGUAGGUGGAUUUCUCCUACACAUUUCCUGGAAGAUCGGCUGGGUGGAAAUUUGCAUCAGCUCAAGCCAAUUCCUAUCUUUCUUACCUUACACAAUGCUGCAGAAGUUAUAACAUAUGGAAUCGAAACAUUUGUGCAGAAAGAGCAAAUAUCUGCCAUAAAGAUAUGUAGAAUGCUGAUUCUUCUGGUAGCAGCAGGUUGCCUUCCCUUAUAUGACCCACAGUUUGAUACAGAUGGCUAUUUUUGGGCUUUCAUGCAUGUGCUAUCUGUUGGUGCUUACAAAGUGUAUCAUAAGUCAUGGACACCUAGUUCCCUAAGUAUCUCAGAACAACAGUAUAUAAACUAUGCAUUCAGUAUGGUGAUGUUGGCUUUUGCAUCCCACCCAACAGGUGAUCUCUUCAGUGCCUUGGAAUUUCCAUUCCUUUACUUCUACAGGUUUCACAGCAGUUGCUUUGCUAGUGGAGUACUGGGAUUCUUUCUGACUUUUCACACAAUGAAACUUAAAAACAACACAUCCACAGGACAGUAUGCAGCUUGGAGUUUCCUAGCAAAGGUUAUCACAGCUGGCCUAUCCCCACUUUUCUUUGAGAUUACAAUGAAUGUACCAACAGCCUGUUGCCUAUUGCUUGGUGGAUUUGCAGAAGUCUUGCUGCUCUACAUUGAAAGGACUGGCACAUGAAUGUGAGGGCUGAGUAGGGGUGAUGAUGAAGAAGAAAAUAGCUAAAUAAAUUCCAUCUGAAGCAAUGGAGAAAAAACAAAAAUAAAUGUAAGCAAAAAUAGUAGCUACAGUGAUGGUGUGCAGGCAGGCAAUUUGGGUACUGUGCAGUCCUACACAUAUCUACUCAGAAGUAAGUCCCAUUGUACUCAGUGAGAUUUACUCCCAGAUAAAGGUGUAUAGGACUGCAGUCUUAAUGCCACGUGCUUCAUUCUUCUGCACCUUAUAGUGCUUUGAAUUGCAAGAUGAAGGUUCAUUAGUGGUUAUGUCAGCUGUACUACCACUGUAGAAGCUCAACUGGGCUGAAAUCUCUCCUUCUUUAAAAUCAUUUAUGCAUUCCUUGCUAUAUGUAAUAUGCCUGUUCUGCUCUGUCACUCUCAUUCAAGAUACAAUUGUCGCUCUUUACCAGGAAAUGGAAUAUAUUACUAUAUUCUCCCUUAUAGAACAGAGUGAGCAAAAUCUUUGUGCCACUGACAAAUUACAGGGGUGGCAGUACAGUGCGCCCUUGCAAUCUGUGGGAGAUCUGUUCUGGCCCCACCCCAGAUAGCAAAAAAUACGGACCUUAAGUCCUGUUCUCUUCAGUGGAUGCACACACGCUCAUUGAAAAAGCUGGGGCCUGCCGUUCAUGAAAGCUCAAACCAUGGAUGGCAAGCCUGCAGUUGGCGGGGUGCACUGUAUUUCUUUUUAGCCUACUGCACACAUUACUGGUAUGUUUAUUCCUUCUCUUGUUACUUCAGCAAAGUGGGUUAAAGGUAAGACGUUAGCUGAGGAAUUCUGGGAGUUGUAGU